CUCCAGCCAGUCACCAGAUAUAAGGAAUCCCCCUCCCCCAACCUGGGACCACCACCCACCUGCAUAAAGCCAGGCAAUAGAGUGUUUUGCUGCGAACACCCAGCCCUUCCAUUUCACCCUUCUUUCUCUUUGCCUUCUUCCAGGCCGUCCAGCCCUGGUGUCUCUCCCUCUCACACACACAUAAACCUCCAGUCCAUCUCCACCCUGUGUGCAGACCCAGCUUCCGAAGAUUUGACUUCGCCGGGCCAGGCUCAUUGCCUUGAGUGCAUUCUUACCCGAUUCUGAACGAUGUCUUCAAGCGUCGAGAGCCGACCGGAGGUGCCAGAAGGCUACCUCGGGCAGCAGCCCAAAUUCGCCGAGUUCAAGUUAGAGUGCAUCAGCCAUACCAACGCCGAGUUCACUAUCCCCAAUGACAACGAGGUGGAGAUCAAGAUCCGAACUUCAGGGCCCAUCAAGAGCACCGCCAACCUGAUCCAGGUUCGCACAGAGAAGGAAUUCCCCGAAUAUGUCUUCACGCAGACGCAGGGCGACAUCGUCAGUUUCGUCAUCUCAUUCCCCGAGCACGGCUGGUACAAGUUCCAGAUCUUCGCUCUGCCGGCCUCUGAUGAGAGCAAGUCCCUGCCAAACGUCAUUAACUACCUGAUCGAGGUCAAGAGGGCGCUGAAGGCCGUGUAUCCAUUCGCCAAGCAGUACGCCCCCUGGCGAGAAGGCUGCUACUUGUACUCUCCUCUCAUCCUCAACUCUUCCUCGCGACUUCACACGGUGAACUUCAAGGUUUUGGUUCCAAGAGCCAAAGAUGUGGCCAUUGUGGCCGCUGGAGAGUGGACUCACCUGACCAAGACCAGCGGUGACGUGUGGGAGGGCAAAGCAACGCUUGACCAGCACCGCAACAAGAACGUCAAGGUGACGCUCAACGCUCGGUUUGGCGACGACGAGAGCAAGUACGCCACGCUGCUGGAGUGGGUCGUCUAGACCGUGACGUCACCUGACGUGCACCUCGUCACGCAGCUUUGGGUCGACGACGACGAUCCGUUGUUUGAGCGCCGUGGUACCUCCAUCUUCAAACGUGACGUCGUGCAGCGUCUUGUCUUGAACGCGGGACAAGUCUUGAACUGGACUGGGUUGGACUGGAUCGACUCCUGCAUUCCGCAGAGUCGGCUCGUGGGUCUCUGUGUUGUUAUAAAGAGGCACAUUGUGUAUUGCUUAAUGCUUGGAUCUGCCGCAAGAAAGUAUCUGUUAAAACUCCAUAUAUGUGUGCAGGAUGUUAGAGCUCAUUUCCUACCUUCUAGCUGGAAUGCCGGAGAGGAUAUCUACCAUCAAUCGCUAUUCUAGAGUGUGUUGCCCAGUAGUUAUACAGGUCUCAGAUUGUGUUACUUGCAAAAAAAUAAAGUUACCACCCAACAGAUUUCAGAGACCACCACUCGACACCCAACGACCAAAGUUCGCGAAGAGGACACAGCCGCCAAUUUGUCUUCUGAAAAUUUCUUUAAGAUUUAGCAUCAUCUCUGGGCGUGCUUGUGACUUAGGUAUACUUGUGAACUGAAAAAUUCUAUCUCCACGGCUGUACAAGCGCCUUGAUCACCACACUGGCAGAUGAUGUUUAAACUUCACAAGUUAGAAAAUAUAUUUAAGAGAGGCGCCGUCAGUUCUGUCAAACCCCGAGAGACAAACGUAACAUCACUAACGUCAGUUAUUCUUCCAGGUAAACUUUCUAUCAUUUAUUUGUGCCUGCAUGUGUAGGUCUUACCUGCAUUUAUUUGCAUGUGUGGGGCAAGAAAGUUGUUUGCGAGGUCAAUAUAAUUUUCUCUAGGUAAACACACGGAAUUCAGCUUUUCUGAAAAGUUGUUAUUGCAAUCAGUUUCGUGGUAUUCGAUGUGAAGGAAUGUGUAAUAACCGGAAAGAGGAUUUAAACCAAACAACAUAUUUGUAUGUAGACUUGUCUGUCGUGAACUAUGCAUAGAUAAGGGGACUACGCCGCUGACUUUAUACAUCUACACUGUCUUCUGUAUCGGCUUGCACAAUGAAUGCCUUUGUUGACAAGAAUUAUUAUUUCUAUACAUAUACAUACAUGUUGUGCUUCUCUUUUGUUGUGGCGAUUAGUCAUUACUGAUCAACAUCAGCAUGCAGAAAAUGUGCAGAUGAAGAAAAUUUGAACCUGUUUGACUGACUCAUUCAUUCAUUACAACUGAAAAGUUUUAAAUUACUUAUAGUUGUUUCCGAGAAUUAUUUGGUUCGAUCAUCGAAAUAAGCUUUGAAUACAAGCAGAAGAGGUGUUGGAUAUUUUGUGUUUGGAUAUUUCGUGAGUAUUUAUCGAAGAUAUUAUAUUGCUCUAUUUUAUAGUUAUUUUAAAAUAGUAUUUAUCGCUUGGUGUUGUAGACUUUUCUGAAAUUCAGUUACAUUUUUUAAAAAAGAAUUUUGGUGUUACUUCCAGUCGAAUGUUCUAGCUUUGUUUGGCGCCACAUGACUGGCGCAGUCUGUUUCUACUGUUGAAUAAAUAUGCAGUGCAAUCAGU